UCCCGGCCUGCCGAAGUUUCACUUUUUGUCUGUGGGUUCGCUCCCGGGCCCCGCUCCGAGCGUUCCCGGGAUAAGUAGCAUUAGCGGCGGGAAGAGCCGGCCGCUGCAAGGUGGGAACUGAAGCAGAGAAGCAGAGAGUCAGCUGGUUCUGCAUUUGUCAUCGUUCCCUGGUCCCUCAUUGGAGAGGAGGAAUUUUCCCUUAGCUGAGCCUAACACAUCGUCUGGGUGAGCCUUGCCCAUUGUCCAUUCCAAGAGCCAGAAGCUGCUUGAGAUUUCAACCAUGUCUCACCCAUCUUGGCUGCCACCCAAAAGCACUGGUGAGCCUCUUGGCCAUGUUCCUGCACGGAUGGAGACCACCCAUUCUUUUGGGACCCCCAGUAUCUCAGUGUCGACACAACAGCCACCCAAGAAGUUUGCUCCAGUAGUUGCUCCAAAGCCCAAGUACAACCCGUACAAGCAACCCGGAGGAGAGGGUGAUUUUCUCCCACCCCCACCUCCACCUUUGGAUGACCCUGGUACCAUUCCUCCUGGCCCUGGACACUUCCCUCCUCCUCCACCGCUGGAUGAAGGUGCUUUCAAAGUGCAGGGAAAUCCUGGAGGCAAGACCCUGGAGGAAAGGCGGUCCAGUCUGGAUGCGGAGAUUGAUUCCUUGACCAGCAUCCUGGCUGAUCUGGAGUGCAGCUCUCCCUACAAACCUCGGCCCCCACAGGGCUCUGCUAGUCUAACAUCCUCUCCUCCUGUGUCUACUCCCGUCACGGGACAUAAGAGAAUGGUCAUUCCAAACCAGCCCCCUCUGACGGCAACCAAGAAGUCGGCGAUGAAACCACAGCCUUCGCCCCAGGCUGCACCCAUCCCAGUUACACCCAUCGGCCCUCUCAAACCGCAGCCUCAGCCAGUUCCAGCCUCUUACACUACAGCGUCCACACCUUCGAGGCCCACCUUCAAUGUGCAAGUGAAGUCGGCCCAGCCCAGCCCACAUUACAUGGCUGGCCCAUCUGCUGGACAAAUAUAUGGCCCAGGGCCUCAAGGCUAUAGCACUCAGCCAGUUCCUCCGUCAGGACAGGGUCCUCCUGCUUCAACUCGUGCUGCUGCUGACUAUGCUUAUGUUCCACCCCCGGGGCAUCCGCCUGAGCCGGGAUACGGGUAUACCCCCAACCAAGGACGCUAUUAUGAACCGUAUUAUGCAGCAGGGCCUGGUUAUGGGGGCAGAAAUGAUGUGGAUCCUUCUUAUGGACAACAAGUUCAGCCUAAUACCUGGAAGCGGGAACCUGGGUAUGCUGCUUCUGGAGCCGGGAAUCAGAACCCUCCCGGGAUGUAUCCCGUCAGUGGUCCCAAGAAGACCUAUAUCACUGACCCUGGGCCAGCCCAGUGUGCACCACCACUGCAGCCAAAGAGCGGACACCCUGGGUCUAUGGGGCCUCCUUCUGUUGCCCCAUCAUUCCGGCCAGAAGAUGAGCUUGAGCACCUGACCAAGAAGAUGCUGUAUGACAUGGAAAACCCCCCUUCUGACGAGUACUUUGGCCGCUGUGCUCGCUGUGGGGAGAACGUGGUUGGGGAAGGGACAGGAUGCACCGCCAUGGAUCAAGUCUUCCACGUGGAUUGCUUCACCUGCAUCGUCUGUAACAACAAGCUCCGAGGACAGCCUUUCUAUGCUGUGGAGAAGAAGGCCUAUUGUGAGCCCUGCUACAUUAACACUCUGGAGCAGUGCAAUGUGUGUUCGAAGCCCAUCAUGGAGCGCAUCCUCCGUGCCACUGGCAAGGCCUACCACCCUCACUGCUUCACCUGCGUGAUGUGCCACCGUAGCCUGGAUGGCAUCCCGUUCACCGUCGAUGCCUCUGGUCUCAUCCACUGCAUCGAGGAUUUCCACAAGAAAUUUGCUCCACGCUGUUCUGUGUGCAAGGAGCCUAUCAUGCCUGCCCCAGGCCAGGAGGAGACUGUCCGCAUCGUGGCUCUGGACCGUGAUUUCCACGUGCACUGCUACCGCUGUGAGGAUUGUGGUGGUCUUCUGUCUGAAGGAGACAACCAAGGCUGCUACCCUUUGGAUGGACACAUCCUCUGCAAGACCUGCAACUCCGCCCGCAUCAGGGUGUUGACCGCCAAGGCAAGCACUGACCUGUAGAGUCGGUCGCCCGCUUCGCCACCAAGCGCGCGGCACCAAGAAGAACGAAACACAAGACAAAGAUAAGAGAAUAGAAAAAUAGAGGCAAAGCUCUCAACCCCUGGAAUGGUCUCUGUUCUUCAUCUGCUGUUAACCUUUUCUUUAGAAGCACAUACAGGAUGAGAUUUGUUUAAGUUCCUACCAAAUACACAUUUCACAUUUAAUCAUGCAAGGCCUUGAUGAGCCUUUGUUGUGAGGACCUCCACAUUUUUGCACAGAUUACGCUCCGUCCCAUUCACUUCUGCAUUCCUGUAACUUUUAAUCCCCGUGUCUGUCUCACUUUCCAUCUGGCUGAGUAGGUUUUUAGUGUGGUAUUUGCUGUCACAUGAUGUUUCCUGGGUGGAUUUGCCAGCCUGCAGGUGCCUUUAGCUUGACAUCUCCUCCUGCCCCCUUUCCCUCUGGCCGUGGCCACAGAAGUCAAGCCGUUCUGUUGCCAGGGGUUGGAAAGGUGGAUUUCCCCAUUGCACUGUACCACUCGUGUCUGGUAAAAAUAAAGGUGGGGAGAGUGUGCAUUCUUCUGCUAGGCUAUACAGAAUGUACUUGAAAAAAUAUAUGAAUUUACAGGAGCUCAAAUUUAGUUUGCCAUUAUCCAAAUUCAAGAUGUGCAGUGCCCAGUGGUCAAGGCUCAUUUGAAGGCAUUUUUUUCAGCCAAUAUCUAAUAAGUGAUAGAACCACCUUUCACUGCUGAGUUAAAGAGACCACAUCGGAAAUCCUAGCCAAAGGACAGCUUGAAAGCAAUUUCAAAGCAUUUGAAAAGCCCAGCAUAUUUUCAACAACUCUACCUUGAGCUUUUCCUCUCCGUGCUAUCUGGACAUAAGACAGACAGACUUGCUUUCGGUACAUUUCCAAUUCUGUCUGACACUUCAUCUUACAAGGACUGUGAAUUUUCCCCUACCACACACACGUGGUUACUACAAUUAACAUUUAUCUACAGAAAGAUAUGUAUUAAGAGGAAUCAAAUUCUUCUCUUUCUUUCAUUUUAUAAUAACCCAAAUCUAUUUUUUUUGAAAACUGCAAAUUUGGACCCAUAAAACGAAGUUACAUAAUCAUGUUUCCUUUUCUUUGAAAAAGAAGGAAAAGCUGGGCAAAGAUUGCGAAACCAGAGUUUUAUUAUUCUGACAAUCCUUCUGUAGCUCAAGUACAUAUUGCAGGAGACAUUUUCCUAUCUUCAGCGUGACAUUUACACCACACUUUCAAAGACAAUCCCUGAAAACAAAAUUGUCUUCCUGAGCUAAAAAUAUGCAGAAUGCCUGACUAGAGUCUUUAUGCGAACUCUUAUUAGCCAGCGAAACGCUUGCUUGCCAAUUGGAGCCGGUUUGCUCGGUGGAGAGGAGACACUUCACUUAGCAAUAGCAGCUGGCCAUUUUGUGAACUCACGGUUCUCUAUCUUGGGACGAGAUUUCCCAAUCCUUUCUUUAAAUCUUCUACAAAUAUAUACUUUAAAUUAUGGAAUACUUUAAAUAUACAGAAGGGUAUAAAUAAUAAUAUAAUGAAUCCCUCUGUAGCUAACACCCAGUCCUAGACAUAUAGAAAUAUAGCCGCCUUAAAUCCCAAUAUACCUUUUUAUUUCUUUAUGCGGUCGGUGCUGGGAGUUGAGCUGGUGCCUCAAGUGUUGGCAAGCACCAUCCCACUCCUGCAUCCCCGGCCCUUCUGUGUCUUUUUAUUUUUUUAAUCUUUAUGACAUGAUGAUCUUCUAGUCUGACAGUUUUAAUUUUAACAUUUAGAGCCAAAAAAUUUUUAAUUGCUUGUGCAUGUUUCAAAUUGCAAACCCAUGCCUCAGGAAUUCUUUAUAAAGUUGAUUUUACUUGAAUAGAAGUCAUCAGAAAAGUGAUUAAAAGAAACCCUCAAGCCUUUGUCACUCAGCUCGUCUGGGUCAAUGUAAGGCUUCUUUAACUUUACUCGCUAAGCAGUUUGCAUGCUAGAACCCCUAAAGCUGGAUUUCAGGGGCACCCUCUACUGCCUGCUCUUACCUGCUUCUCUUCUCUGGAGAUGCAUGGAGGGCAGCUUAUGGAUUUCAGGAUAUAGUGGGUAGUGGCUCUAUCCCUGAAUUUCUGUGUUCCAAUUCAGAGGCUCACCUGUGCCAUUGACCUUGAGGAACUCUGACUGUCGGACAGUCGAGGUGGCAAUACAGUCCGCUUGAACUGACCAAAAUCUUCAACAUGAAAUUCAGAAAACUGUCUUGAUGCCAAAAGUAGGGUCCAGUUUAGUGAGGGCAGGAAUUAUGUCUAGAAAUGCAGUAAUAUUGCUAUAAGUUUAGACACCAGAGGAAGAAUUUAUGUCCUAUUUAUACUAUAGAGCAAUAACAUCAUGUGUGUAUUACAUUUAACUGCUUCUGGAACCAGAUGCUUCCAUGCAAGAGGUGCAGGGAUUGCCACCACCAUUUCUCUCCUGAGGUCUUAGGUCAGAGCUCUGCCUGCUUACAGCCGUCCCCGUGCCUUCUCACCAUGUAACCUCAGAGUAGCUUUACCAAAGAGUUUUAAAGUGAAUUUCUUCUUAAUAUAGACAUAUACUUUUAUAAUAACGAACGUGCACAUACACAUAUACAGAAAUAUUUAGAAUUAGAUGUUUUUCUUUCACAAGGUCUAACAAUGUAAAGGAUCCUACAACUUCACUCUGCAAUUUCUUUAUAAUAUAUGAUUUGCCUUGCUUUCAUAUUUUCUUUACUCUGCAUUUGAUUUCAACAAUAACAAGUCAUUCUACUCAUUACUCUGUUAGCUACAUAAAGUUUUGCCUACUGUAGAGAUAUAAAGAUCGUAUUACUUUAAUGAUUAUACACACUGCCUUUUGAUAUAUUGCCUUACUAUCGUUUAAAUACAUAAAUAGAAAAAAAUAUGUCUGUAACUGAAAACUUGUAAAAUGCUAUCUGAAUUGUUUAAAUAUUGAGAGCACAAACACUUGGUUCUUCUUUAUAAAGUGUGAUACGUAGGACAGGGGGAAAAACCUACUGUCAUGGGCUCUGCAGAGAACAUUUCAAAAAUAAGAUUCUAUUUCUAGAGUGGUAGGGAUGGCUCUCUAAGCCUUGCAUGAAACAGACAAGUGCUCUCCCAUAGCUAAGCCUCCCAUCCAGCACAAGAUUUUGCAACUGUUUGGAAUCCCAUCUCAGACUGGCUCAAUAUGGAGUUGGGCAAACAAAAUCGCCUUUAAAACUCAUAAAUAAGUCAUCACGAGUCCUAACUCAAGGCCUCCGUGUUAAUGAAAUAUUGCCAUCUCUGCAGCUCAAAGAUGUGGGUUUUUUCCCCCUGUCACCAGCACAUUGUUGUCCCUGUUGGAAUGACUUCUCUGAUCAAAAUGACAACAUGGGUUAUAUGCUGAUUAAUGAAAUGAACUUAAAAACACUAAUUGUUUUCUAUGGGGAAGUCUGCAGAUAUGUCUAUGGUGGGCUGUUAAAAACAUACGGACCUUAAUGAUGAUGAACAGCUAUUUUGUAUUUGGGUCCAGGGGAGGGGGAACACACUCUGUAUGUGGCUGCAAUAGAGCGUUGGUACACCAGAGACAGGCCUCCGCCAACACAACUGUCAACCAUCUUCCUACUUACUACAAAUCCUAUUAAUGUGAACCAGUCGGGAAGAACAGUGUUAUUUCUAUUUGAUACGGUUUGGGCUUCUCCUGUCAGCUCUGUGUCGGUUGCCCCCUGAUCCUUCCAUUAUCAAGUUUUGAAGGGUGUCGGGCAAAUUAUGGCAGCUGCUAAGGAGAUCAAGGAAACACUGAUGCCACCUCCCAGCCUCUCACCAUCCCUCUUGGCUUGGAAAGGCAUAUUUUUUUAUAUAUACAUGUCUAGAAAUAUUGCCAUUCUACCUUAGUAUUUCACAUUUGUAGUUUAAACAAGUGAUUGUCCAUCUGUUGCCUCGAGCUACAGUACAUGUGUGUUAUGAAUGAAAUAUGACAGCAUGUUCCAUACCCCUGCUUCAGCCAUCUGUAGACAACCAGCAACCGAAAAAGAUACCUCUGCAAAAUGUGCCUUGAGUCCUGUCCUGGGAUGGCUCUUCGGGUGUACUUUCGUGAGAGACAAUCAGAAGCCACCCAUAAGUGUGCCUUAUUCUUAAAUAAUCUGUUUACAUUACUAUGACUGUUGCUCAGUAUAGAAAUACUAAAAUUCCAGAGCUUCACGAUAUCACACACAGACCCGAGGCGGGGGGAAUGGAGAGAGAGAACUGUAGCAGUUCCAUCUUAGUGUACUGUCUUCCAUUUGGAGGGACCUCAUGGGUGUCUGUGAGAGCGUGCUCCCUGCCAAGGGGCUAUGUUGGGCAUCCUAAGUGCUUGUGAUUGGAUCUUCCUCUUGCUUUGCUAGGAUAAUAAUACCCAUUCACCUUUAAAUUGGAUUAUUUGUUUGAAUUAAUAAGGAGCAGUCUUGAUUAUUGAGCAAAUUAUAAUUGUGGGACAACCAUGAAUAUUUCCAGACAAGUGAUUUAGUUGACUGAUAAUUGGAAUGGACAUGCUUGUGGUGCGGUAGGUUUGGUUAGCAUAGCUGUAUUUCAGAUCUUUUACAAUUAACCUGGCCAAAGCUACUGUGAUUAAUGCAAUUGUUUAGGCCUUGCUUUCUCCUCUUCUCCCCUUUCUCACCUUCCUCCCUCUCCUUAUUCCUUCUUUCCAUUGUACCUACUAUUGCUGCCCUAUUUGGCCCAUCUCAUUAGUUAGGAUACUAUAACAUUACAAUUGCAUUAAAGGAGAAAGGCUACCAGAACAUAUGCUUACCAUCCAGACAAAACUUGUUUUACGGGUGUGUACUCUUUCAGUUGUGUCUGUUCCUAGAGGGAGCUGCCGUCUUUCCACUGUAAUUUAAUCAGUCCUUGUAGGGGACUUCGGUAGUAGAGUCCUUUAAAACCGACCCGGUGUUUUCACUCAUGUGUAUGCAAAGAGAUCUUUCUAAAGCUAGACUGGGAUUUCUUUUUAACACAAGCACAUUUUGACCACAAAAUACUUGUAUUCUUAGUGAUAGAACAUCAUGUUGUCCCUUUGAAAUGAACUUGAUAAUUUUCUUUGUGGCAAGGGGAAGCUACUAACUUUGAACAUUGCAGCGCUUAGCCCAUGGUCCAUAUUAAAUAAUAAUAAUUGACUCUAUUUGCAAGGGAUAGUUUAACACUAGGAUUUUCGUUAGAAUGUAGAUUGUUUUGCAGGCAUAUUUUCCCUUAGCGCAGAGGAGAAAGAUACUAAUUUACUUUUUUGUUCUAAUUUUUCCUUCCUUAUGCAAAAAUUUGAGACAAUAUUUUAGUUAGCCACCAUGCAGAUGACUAAUUGUGGAGAGCUAUGUAAAAGACACACUUUUAUCCACGUGAUUGAAAGAAAAUGUUCCAAUCUUUGCUCUUUGCUUCUUCUGAUUGUUGUUUCUUUUAUAGCAGUAUCUAAGCAGAAUGAUAAGUAUCUCUACUUCUGGCAUUUGUUAAAAAUUAGCAUACUACGAAUAUUAAAAUUCUUUUAUAAUAUUUAGAGUGAAUGGCUAAGUUAAGUUUUCCAAGAUGCCCAUCCACUUAGAAGCAAGCUAAAACUUCCUUUAUCAAACUCUGAUAGCCAUCUCCUGUGAUCCAGUCGAAUAUUGUUUAAAUAGCCACAAAUGCACUCUAUGAAUUUAUCUUUGAACAGAACUUCUAAAUUCAGUUUCUCAAUCCGAGAAGCAGAAUAUUCUGCCAAGAAUACAGAUGUCACCAUGUCAUCCCGUGCUCUACCCGAGCGCUGAGGCGGGGUGGGGUGGGGGUGGGGUGGGGUGGUUCUUAUGGAACACAGACAUACUCGGAUGCUGUGCCUGGGUAAGCAGUUUAGCGACCUUAUAAAGAUCUGCAUCCUCUUGCUUUCGUGCCCGAGACCAUAACAUUUAUUCCUUGGUAUGGCCCGUGUGGAAUACUACUCAGAGCAAGCCAGCCUAGUUGGAAAACCACAUAAAACCAUUGUAGAUUCCAGACUUUCCCCCUCUUCUCUGUGGUUUGACUCACCACCGAGUCCUUCAGCUUCUCAUUGAUUGGCAGGGACAGUGCCUUUCACUCUCCUGCCACCAGUGUCCACAUUAUCCCCAAUGUUUCCUAAUUCUGUUCCCAUCCACUCUGUGACUCAGCGAUGGCUGUCCAUCGGGGCGGGAGAAAGCACUUUUCUUGGGGUGGAAAGGAAAAGGAAUAGGAAUCCUUCAAAGGUAAACAGUGACCUCCCUGGAAAGGAAGUCCCCUGUAAUGGUGGGGCCACGUGUACAAAACAGCCCUCUUAUUUUCUGUGCUGGUUGGUUUGUUUAGCUUGUUUUACUCUUGCUUUUGAUGCUGACAGAAUCAAAGUCAUUGAGAAGACAGGAAGUGAGCUAAGGGAGAUUCCAUCCGUAAGAGUCCUGCUGUCUGGCAGGACAUAAAGUGUCUCGUGUCCUUUUCCUUUAUGCUUGUCUUCUCAAGGAUCUCACUUGUCUCUAUUCCCAUGAAGGAUAGAGAAAAAGCUUCUUGACACUUGGUAAGGUUUGCAUCAGUUCUAGUCUUUGGUUUUAAAACUCUUCCAUUCAUUUCUAAUAUUUGUGUCUAACGCAAGCAGCUUCUCUCCGUGAUCAAUUAUCCUCUCCAUUAGAGUUCAUGAUCUAUCUUGUUUUGUCGUCUUACUAUCCUUAUUCCUUAACUGAUCUUGGUUUAAUGAUCACUGUUUACUAACUCUGAGAGUCAAGCUGACUGCAAUAAGAUCAAAUAGUCUGUCUGUAUUUCUUCCUAGAAAGGUGUGUGGCCUGGAAAAGACUAGUUCCCCACAGUGGCCUUUGUGGGAGUUCGGGGAGGACAUGUGAGGACACCCUAGGCUGACCUACUGGCUUCAUUGGGAAGUUGGAGGAAGAGUCCUUAAGACCCAGCCAGCCAGCAUAGGUUUCUUCCUGCAUAGAUGCAUUGGCCACAAUGCGUGGAUUCUGGAGUCUUAAUCACAGCAGGAGAAGCUUUUAUAUCUUCAGGCUCAGUGAAGGAGGAAAGGCAUCAAAGAAAACUGAACUGCUAAUCCCCUCCAAUCAGCAUUAUAGUUGGAGGAGGGGGAUGGUUGGCCAGACACACCCAACACAUACAGACGGAUAGGAAACAGUUUCCUGUGGUCUUUGUUGCAACAAGUACACUCUUACUCUUAUUGAAGCACGCUACAUCCUCAGCUCUUGCAGCACGUGUGCCUGUCUUUUGAGCCCUCCAAAAGGAACAAGUAGGCCUUGUCUACUUUUCUUUUCUUCUAGGAACACAACUAGGGCUCCCAGCCAUCUGUCGCACUUGGUGUUCCCAUUCUAUCACGGACUCCUUGCUGCACAGUGAAGUUUGCUUAAGUAGUGCCUGUGUCAAGGAACUCAUCACCCGGUGAGGAAGUCCCUUUGUACCAGCUGUCCUUGUCAUUAAAAGAGAACCAGUCUCGGGGCUCAUGUUUCCUUGGUCCAUAAAACAAACCUACAAAACAUAAUAAAAUGCCGGCGUUCCCCCUCGUUUUUACCUCCACUGUAUUUGUUUUGUUUUUCGGUCGUGUUUUAUUUUUAAAAACAACUUCCGUUUUUAGCUGAGGAGUAGAAAUGCUUUACACAACCACAAAAAACAGCCGAAAUGGUUUCUGACAGUCACAGGUUAGAUGUUGUGUGAGUUCAUCGGUUGUCUUUUCUAUUCAGGAAACACCGCUGUUCUGACUGCGGUCAGGUAGCUUCGUGUCCUUCCUUCAUAACCGUCAGUGAACAGUUUGCUCCAUUUAUCUGACCCAUUGAUAAUGACCUUAAAAAGGUUGUGAAACCUCACUGUGUAACCUCCCACUCACAGAAGGAAAAAGUCCAGAGGAAAAUAUGGUGCUACUGAUGAAAACUCACCACUUCUGAUCAGUUCUUCAGCACAAAACCCUACCGUCCUUAAGGACAGGGAUGUGUGGUUCUGCUUUCUAUGUAAAAACUUAUAAAUUCUCUCGCCGUUGCCCUGGGUUACAGUUUAGCUAGCAAUCAUUAGUCUUAGGAAGGGCAGGCUUGUGUCUCCGCUACAUCAGCUUUGAAUCUGAGAGCCCUGUAGCAAGAGCCUGCUAUCUGCCCCUGGGUAGGUAGCACCUAUGGGUGAAUUUCUGAGCUGUAAAAUAAUGAAAUUCCUGAGAGAGCUUACAAACUGCGUUCACACAUAGAACAGCCCUGGGAAGAUAGUUAUUAAUAGCCCUGUCCUAGAAGAGAAAGCUGAGGUUCAGAAUCAUUAAGUGUCUUGCCAGAAGCAAUAGAGCUGGUAAGUGUGAGAUCUGGGCAUCCACCCAGCCCUUGUCCCGCACAUCUCACAGGUUACUGAAGGCCCUGUUCAAAAAUAGCCAUGGAAAUUCACAGGGGGUUUGGUUAUCCGUGGCGGGUGUACAUGUGCGUUACAUUGUUGCGCACCGUGAAGAGCUUGCAUGUGCCUCUGUCAUCUUGUGGGAAGCCCUGGGUCUUUGUGACCAGCACUGGGAGGGAGCCUGUGGCGUAAAGGUCACCGAGAGCAAAUGGCUGUGCAGAAAGCACAGUGCAGCAAAUUUCCCCAGAGGGCAUUGGUUUCCAUUAACCACAAAGCUCUCUGGGCCUGUCAGGUUCAGCAUAUCAACUGAGACCGUGUCAUUUACAGUACAGUGGUGUGUGGAGGUGACCUGAGUUUUAGGAAAGCCCUCUAUCCCGUGGGCUUGUACGUCCCACAGAGGCAGAAGCUGCUAUAAGUUAAAAAAAAAAAAAAAAAAAAAAAACCAUACUAGUCUCUCUGUUCACAUUUAUGUAGAGCCUGCCAAGAAUAUGCUGACAACAGGAAUUUCUGAUCCAAUAAACCCGUGGCCAAAAGGCCUUGAAAUACCUAAGCCAGUGCUAUUGAGUGAAUGUCCUUUCUGAAAUUUAGCCUUCUUCAUUUGAUAGGCGGUACUUCUUAGGCUGUGGGAUGUUUGUGAUUAGUAUACCCUCAUCACAGGGAGCUUAGCACUAUGUUUAACAACAAUCUUACUUGAAGGACCCCAGGUAUCUUCAACAAGUCGGCCCACAUCACAGCACACCAAAAAAAAUACCCUUUUGUGGCUGACUCACUGAGAAGCUGCUCAUCCCAUGUGCAGUCAGGGCUUUCUUUUUUCUAUCUUGUCUACCUUCUGGUUAUGUGCUACAAGUGGAAAUCCACCGAUUAAUUAAAAUAUCCUUUCUCCACAGGACAUCUGCACUAAAUCUAGAAAGCCUUUCAAACGCCCUAGUUUGUAAAUUCGACAUUUUCCUCCCGAAAGUCUCUGCUCCAUCCAGCCGCUCAUCUGCCAGUUCCCUGAGAUUAGGACGAGGCAAGUUAAGCAGCAAAUAGCCUUCCUGCCUUUCCCAGUCUUCCCACCUGGGAGAUUUAGGGCACAGAGAGGACCAGAAGGUUGGCGUCAUUGCCUGAGCCCUCACAGCCCCAGGCGGGAAAGGUGCCUUAACUCUCUGAGAGCUUUGAUGGAUUUUAUGGCCAGUAGAUUGGGAAGCAUUUCCUCUGGAACAGAUGGGGAGCCCACCCAAACUAUAGGUUAAUUAAACCUUUUGAGCUCUUCUCAGAAUUCCCAGAUGAGUUUCCCGAGGAGAGACUUGCCACUGUAGAGCUGACCCCUCUCUUUAGACAAAGGGGCAGUAAAGAGGUGAAGGCAUAAGGGUGUUCCUUCAUGAAAAUACUUUUCAGAUACCUUUACAAAUUGCCACAAAUCCUGAUUUGCCUUCAUAUAAUGUAAAGAAAGGGAAAGGGGAGGGGUGAAAUUUUCCCUUCUUCCACCCUAUAUAAUAUAGUUCCAAAGAUUUAGAGAAAGCACAAUUGUCUUUGAAAUACACACACAGGUCUUCACCAAGAAAGCUGACAAGAAAGCUGAUUCUCAAAAAAAAAAAAAAAAAAAAUCUUAUUUUAAAACAUUUCACCUGUUCAGGCCAGGGAAUUAAUAAAUUCCUAUAGACCUGACCCAUUUCCAUAGCUGCCAAAAAGGAAAACAGAAAGCUACUUAAAUCUUGUGUGGAUCUAUUUGUCUCUUAAAAUAUGUCAAAGCAAUUUGAUGCAGGAGUGGAAAGCGAGCUGUUUAUAUGCCUUGCUUGAGUCUCUCUGUUUCUGUCAGGGAAGGGGAAAGACUGAGGAACCAGCAUUCUUGAGGCACUGUGUUGCCAUUUCCCGUAACAUCUGUUUCGCUCCUUAUUGAGUUGUAGGAAUUCAUAUCUGCUUUCAUAAAUCCACAUCCUCCAUCACGGAGGAGUAAAUGUUAAACCUGAAUAUCUUUGCUUACCAAACUAUUUCACUCCGUUUCUCAGUCAGAAAAUGUGAAAUAGGCAGAGCUGGCUUUCACGUCUGCAUCCUCUCUCAACCUAGGGGAGACUCGUGUGAAAGAAAAACAUCCUAGUUCCUCCUCAUCCCCUUUGCCUUUGGAUAGCCAUGAUGCACAUUUAGUAAUUAAAGGUUUGAAUGUGUUUCGUUCCUUCGAACAGACUGGGAAGAAAGGGAUUUUCAUCAUUUAACUACCAACCAUGAGAAUGGUCUCAUUUUGCUUAGCAAAUAGUAAAUUUGGCACUGAUAUUUGGGUGAUAUGUGCAUUAUAGUAAUCUUUUUUGUUCUUCUUGAUUUCUAGAAGAGUGUCAAAUACAUCAUCAGUGUAUGGGAUUACAUCAUCAAAAGGCCUAGUACCAAAGACCUCAUUCACUUGGUGGCAAACUGAAUUAGGCUGGACCCUCCUCCUACCUCAAGCAGAGAGUCUGAACUGAGAUGUGUCCUAGAGGAGAUGUAGGCUCCAGGAACUCUCUGAUCAUAAAUGUUUUGCAGUGAUGUAUUAGUGAAAUCUCUCAGUGACUAGCCUUUGCUACCCACUGUGUCACCGGGGACACUGACAAGCAAAUUAUCCACGAUCUCUCUCCUCACCAAUGAAAGGUAGAAUAGUUCCCUCUGAGGAUCAGAAGUGUGUCUUUCACUCUUUGUUCUUUUCUGUAUGUUUGUUUGUUCUUUUGUUGUUGCUGUUGUUGUUGUUUUUAUUUAGAGACAGAAUUUCUCUAUAGCCUUGGAGCCUAUCUUCGAACUCGCUCUGUAGACCAGGCUGGCCUCGAACUCACAGAGAUCCACUUGUCUCCACCUCCCAAGUGCUAGGAUUAAAGGCUUGAGUCACUAUCACCUGGCUGUGUUCUGCACUCUCUUUCCAGAAACACGUCAAGGAGGAAAAUAAACAUGGCACAUGACUGUCUGCUUCUGGAGCAUGAAUGAGAUUGCCUCGUGAAAUUGUGUGCCUUUCACAAAACUUUACACUUAGAAGCCAAGUUUGUACCGCUGCAGGGAACCCUGAGCUCUGGGCUCUGCACAUAGUCAGCCUGGUUUGGUUUGGUGUUGUCUGAAUCUACGCCUUUAUCAUUUCUUAACAGAUUCAGGGCUUCUCUUCCUCUACUGCUAAGUAUGGGAUGUGUGCAAUUGUGUUGAACUCUCUUAAGUACUAAGCACGUGCCACCAAGUAGAUGUGGCACAAAGACAGAGCUCAUGGAUCAUAAUUUUGUCUGAGCUACACACACAGGCUCUUAUUUCACGGCAUUGUCACGGGCCUUUCUCCUUCUGUGCCAUCACCUUUGAGAAAAAAUGAUUGCACCUUCUUUGAGCCUGCCUUUUUAACAGCGACAGUUGAGUUGGCAAGACUUUCCUAGCUCUGAAUAUAGCCAUUUGCCGACUCCGGCCUCUGUGAGACUGAUUCAAAUCUGUGAUCUUCUGUUCAGCACACACAUCAGCAAAGUGAGAAUAUGGGUGCUAAAUAUAGGCUCUAUUAACUUUACUUUUAGAUGUACUGCCUUCAAAAAGUGCCUAUUCUGAGAAACAUAAACGUUAUUCCUACAUAUGUAUGUACACACGGUACCCGGAGUCACGCUGUUCAGCCUUCGGAAACACCAUCCGAAGGAGUAGGUGCUGAGCUAGGGGAGGAAUUGGCUCAUUUCCAUCCUCCGCCACUGUGGCUACCAUGAAAGAGGCCGAAACAGAGUCCCCGGCACUUCCUACAGCCUCUUUGCGCUUACAUGCCUGGAAUGGUGGCAAACUGCUGAGGAACUUGUUCUCCACGGAAAUAAUUUGCUCACAAACAUUUAGUCGGGGGAGAAAAAGGCAAUUAAUAUAUGUCAUGUGUGUGUUUAUAAACUAAGUAUUGCUAAGUUUAGCGUGUCAGCAGGUUUCUUUUCUCUCUCCUGCUAACAGAGAGAACUAGAGAAAAGUCUUGGCUAUAGGGAAUGUAGGCUCCGGAGGCCAAGUGUCCCUGCCAGAUCCUUGAAGCAUUUUCCCUCCAGCUCCUAAGAAUACUAGCGCUUGUGCUAUUUGAGGGCUUUUGUUCCUGGAGCUCCAUCAGCGAUGGAGAAGCUCUGGGUGUUUGUGAUGAGGCCGCAGCAUAGCCCGGAAGGUUGAGUUUCUGCCUAGUGGUAGCAACAGGAGAGGAGCCAGGUAAAUAUGCUGAGGUGGAUAGAGACUGUAUGAUUGUAGAAGGGUUGAAGGGAGGACAUGGUUCCAAAAAAGAUUGUUCUCAAUGUGUCGUCUGACUCAACCAGCUGGCAGAUCACACUUGCCAAGUCGCUUCCUUUCCUUCUAAGUCACUUGGCUCCGCAUUCCCGCCGAUACGCCUCUGAGGACAGGAAGAUGUGUCCACUUAGCCUUUCUGAAACGACGCAUAGUGACGUCCUCUUGGUUACAAAGCUACCAAGAAAUGCCACCACUCCCACGCAGUUUUGCCAAGUGAUAGUAAAGGUGACAAGCUGUGGAAGAUACAUUUUAUGGCACCAUAGUCAUCAGCCAUUCCACUUUCCAUAUAGGAGCCCAGCAAACCCAAACAGGAGCAGAGGGAGCAAUGGGGCACUGGGGGGGGGGCAGCUCCCAAGAGUGUGGCCCUGCUGCUUUAAUAGCCUCAUGAUUGGAGUCAAGGGGAUUUUGCAAAGAGAGUUGGGCAGUACUUCCCUCCAAAAUAUUCUCCCAUUGCCAAUCCUUUUAUCUCUGUUAAUUUCAACACUAGUAGGUUUUUUUUUUUUUUUUGAUGUGAUCAGAUUUUAAUGCUAGAAAAGAAUGCCAAAAUGUCUGUGUGAUGUCAUCAAGUCUCUGGGAAACAUAGGUUCUCGUCCUUGGGAACGGAUAAACUGAGACAGCCCCAACGUGGCCUUGCUCUGGGUUUUAGUCCCCGUGACUCGUGACCACGAGAGAUAGCUCUGUGUGAGAACUAAGUCCUGUUUAAUGGUACAGGUCAAGGAUAGGGGAGCAGAGCCGUGAGCUUUCUCUGUGCCCUGUGUGCCCGCUGGAAGCAGGUCCUUGCUCCUAGCUGAUCGCAACCGCAGCCCCACCAGCAGCAGCUGAGAGCCACAGCAACAUUUCCAACAGGGGAAGCCACACAAAAGUGUAUAGCAUAGGAUGUUUUUCAUUCAUGUGAUGCUGACAGCGCCACGGUAUGUCCACAGGGUAAGCAAACUGCAUGGGUGCCCUGCCUCAUCAACCACCCCUGACAUCCCCACAGCAACACAUGUGGUUCCUAACAAAAGGGAGACGAAGUUGUGUUAUCAGACUGUGAUUUGGGCAAUAUCUUUUGUAUUUACACAUUGUUGAAUUAUAUUAAAUCAUGUUUUUAUUUACAUUCUAUAAGUUUUGAUCAUGUCUUCCCAGUGCUCUAUGAGAAUAAAUACAAAAAUCACAUUCUUUUUUUUUCUGUAAAAGAACUACUUUAUAUUUAGAUAUCCAAUAAACUUCUCAUUCCACGUC